AUGAAUAAAACUCAAAGAGAUUUUUCAGCAAGUUAAAUAACUAAUUUUACAUUAGUUUCUUAAAAAUCAUAAAGGUUAAUUGAAGACGUUUCAUAAAAAUCAACAUCAAAAAUAUACAGACUAAAAGGUAUUUUUAAUUGUGAAGACAUAAGAGUUUCAUGGAAUGCUUUUGGUAUUUAUUUAAAAAAAAAAAAAAACAUUAUUUUUUUAUAUAUAUACAAAAUAAUUAAUUAGGUUUGUAUUUAAGUAGAUAAUUAAGAAUGGGAAGAUCUAUAACAAUAAAAAAUUUCGGAUAAUUUACAUUUACAGCUCCAGAUUUUAAAUUAGAAGGAUGUAGUAAUCCAUGGGAAAGAGAUAAAUAAUUAAGGAGCCCAGUAUUUUUAGUAUCUUAAGAUUUCCUAAAAGGAGGUGGCAUAAAAUAAGGUAUAUAUAUAAAUUUUAUACUAAGACCUUAUGGAGCUUAAGGAGCAAAUGGCAGAAUGCCUUUAAAUAAAAUUAACUUUACAGAAAUUGGUAUAUAUUCUUAAAUGGAAAAAGAUCAAGCAAAAACAUGUAUAGAAAGAGUUAUUAAAUAAUUAUAAGAUUAAGCUAAAAAUGAAAAUAAUGUAGAUAUGGAAAUACCUAAUGUAGGCGUUUUUAGAAUUAGAAAUGGAAUUGCGGCUGUUUAAUUUAAUGAAUUUUUAAGUUAGGAUGCUAAAAAUAUUUCUAAUUAAUAUUAAGAUUUAAGUAUUAGGAAGAAAGAGGAGAAAUGAGUUUAACAAAAGAAAAUUUAAAAAAUUUUGUAAAUUUAAGAAAAUGUAAGAUAAUCUAAAUGAAAAACCAGAUGAUAUUUUAGAAAUAGAUGAAUCUACGAAGAAUUAUUUAAAAAAAAGUAUGAACAUAGACUAUGAUUAAUUAAAAAAUAGAAAUAAAAGAUCUAUUUUUGAUACUUUAAGGUAUAAAUCAUCAAACUAAAUAUCUAAUAUGAAUAAAACAUAAGUUUAUAAAGAUAAUUUAAAAACAACACAUAAUAAACAAAAUUCUAUUUACUUUUUUAAUCCAUAUAAAGACAAUAAUCAUGCCUUUGUUGAAUUAUGUAAAAAUUGUAAAGGAAAACAUUAUAUAGGAAUAAAACUAACAAAUGAUGAUAUAUUUAAAGGCAUUAGAAAAUUAAAUUUAGAUUUAAAUCCAUUACAAAUAACUGAAUUGCAUCGAAUUUUGGAUAAAAAUAAAGAUGGGUUUGUCGAUUUGGAUGAUUGGAUGAAUGUUAUAGUUUCUAAUUGCAAAACAAUGUAAAGAGAAGAUGAUUGGUAAUGGACUAAUGAUGUUUUAAAUAAAAUUAAAUAAUGGUAUAAAAAUGAAGGUUUAAGUAUAUAAGAUGCAUUUAGGGUAUUUGACUAAGAUUUUGAUGGAUAUAUUAAUAAGAAAGACAUAGAAAAUUUUCUAUUAUAAGUAUUAAAAUUAUCUGAUAAAGAAAUAGAACCAUAAAGAAUUAACCGUAUUUUUAAAUUAAUGGAUGAAUUUAAACGAGGAGCUAUAAAAAUGGCAGAUUUAAAUAGAUUAUUAAGUGAGGAAAAGUAGAAUUUUGUGGUUACAGGAGGUAAAUUUAUAGAAGGAAGGGAUUCUUUAGACUGGAAAAUAAACGCUAAAUAAUAAAUUGGGUUAGUGCUUUCAAGAUAGUAUUAAAAUUUGGAAUAAAGCUUUGAAUAAAUUUCUAAUUAUAAGAAUAGAAUUAUUUAUUCAUAAUUUGAAUAAUGGGUGGAAAAAAGUAGAGCUUUAUAAGGAUUUAAUCUUAAUAAUUAACUUAUUUAGUAAGUAUUUUCAGAUCUAGAUCCCCAUAAGAAGGGAUAUUUAACAAAAAAAGAUUGGAUAUAGAAUUUUAGUGUAUUUAAUUUCUAAAUUUAAAUGAUUAAAGAAGUUUAGGAAACUGUAAAUAGUUCUUUUAGUACAAUGUAGGAGGCCUUUAAUUUUUUUUCAAAUAAAUAAAAAUUCAUAACAUUUUCUUAAUUUGAAAAUGGAAUUAAAAAUUUGUUUCUUGAUAGAUUUAAUAAUAAUGAUAUUAAUACUUUAUGGUUUAAAUUAGCUGAUAAUAAUAAUAAGACUAUAGAUUUUUAAAAUUUCUUAUAUAUUUUUGGUGAUAAAAGAAGUGCUUUAUAAUAAUAAGAACACCCUAAGACUUUUUAAUUAGGAGGAAUUUAAAAAAAAUUAAAAUACGCAUCUUUUGAUCCUAUUACUGAAGAAAUAGUUGCCAAAGUAUAAUAAAUAUUAAGAACUAGUAAUAAAAAUAUAGAUGAAAUAUUUAAAGAAUUUGACAAAGAUAAUUCUGGAAAUAUUUCCAACUUAGAAUUUAAAUCUGCUUUUAGAAAUUUAUCUAUAGGACUAACAUCAAAGGAAAUCGAUGUUUUAUUAAAUUUUUGUGAUGAAUCAGGCGAAGGUAUAGUAAAUUGGAAAGAAUUUUUAAAAAAAUUUAAUAAAAACGAAUGUUAAUAAAGAAUAUUAGAAAGGUGUAAGUAAAGAUUAAAAUUAAUUAAUGAUGAUAUACAUUAUUAUAUGCUAUCUCCAAAAGAUGCUUUUCGUCAUUUUAAUAUAAGUAAUACUGGCUAUAUGAAAUUUGAGGAAUUUUAUACUUUUAUGCAAAAAUUAACUUAAUAUGGUAAUUAUCCAUUACCCCCUUUCGAAAUUUUGAGAGAUUUAUUUGAUAUUAUUGAUGUUAGAAAGGAUAAUCUAAUCGAUAUAAAUGAAUGGUUAUAGACUUUUUCAUAAUUUAAGCCUCCUGAUUCCAGUUUAUACAAUAAUCUAUUGUAAAUAAACUCAAAAGAAGUAAAAGAAUAAUAAGAAAAGUAAAUAAAGAUGAAUUCAUAUCAAAAAUCUUUAAUGGUUUAUGACUUAUUAAACUAAAGAUUGGACUUAUUAAAAAUAAAAAGCCCUCUCAAUAUGAACAAAAAAAUGGAUUGUAAAACACCUUUAAAAUAAUUGGAAACUUCUAAAGAAUACGAUGAUAUAAUGACUAUUAUAGGUCGAAAUAGAAAAUAUUUAACAAAUAUAUUUACUUAAAUAGAGAAGAAAUAGUAAGCUAUUACAUAUGAUAUGGUAAAAAGUAUAAUUGGGGAAUUAUUAAGAAGUAUAGGUAUUGUUAUCGAUGAUUUUUGUUAUUGCAAAUUAAUUAAAUUUGCAGAAAAAACGGAGUUAUUGAUUAUUAAUUUUUCUUAGACGUAUAUAAAGAAAGAAUGGGAAGAAUAGUAAAAUAACCAAAAACUUAAAUCAUAUAAAAAUUAUUAUUAAGUGCUUGAAAAAAGCAGAAAAAAAAAAAUCAUUGUAUUAAUUUUUCUAUUUUCUGUUUUAUUUUUUAUAUUUAUAAAUAUACAAUAUAUAAAUAUAUUUAUCAUUAAAAAAAUUAUAUUAUUUAAAAAAAGAUACUCAAUUUUAUUAUUUAUAUUAAAUAUAUAAAUAUAUAUAUAUAUAUAUAUAUAUAUUCAUUAAUAUAUAUUUUUUUUUGAUUUUUCAUUCUUAUUAUUAUUAUUAUUAUUGGUAUUUUUCAAAGCAUUUCUAAUGAAUAUAGAAUUAACUUAUUUUUUAAAUAAAGAAUCUUUAUUAAUCUUGAUUUAUUUUUUAAUGUCUUUUAUAAAUUCUAAAGUAUUUACAUAGUCCAAAGUGGCAUUAUCUUGUUAUUAUUUAAAUAUUUUAUCUUCAAGGACCGCUUAAUUAAUAUCAAAGGCAUUGAAUUAUGAUGAGUUAAACUAUUCGAAGUUAUUUUCAUUAUUAAAAAUAUGA